AUGGCGGCUCCUUGUUCCCGUCCAGUGUCCAGCGGCCGUGUUCCAGCGCCUGUCGUUGCAGCGAGUGAACGCAACGCAGCUCACGCACACACGCGGACGGGCACGAACACGCAAAAGGACACAAACACGCGGGCACCGGUUCCGAAGGGGCGGUUGAUGGAAGGGGGGAGAGAGGGAAGGGAAACAGAAGACGAGGAAGACAACAACAAGAAGAAGAAGAAGAAGAAGAAGAAGGACGACAAGGGAGACAAAGACCCCAGGGAACAAGCUUUCUCAAAACGAGGGACGGCACGCACCCAAAUUGCCUUUUCGACGAAUUGA